AUGAAUAAAAACUUGCCAUUUACAUUUGCAAGGGCAAAGUAUCCAAUCAAUGCUUUUGAGAAUCACUGUGUGGAUCCAUUUGACACACUGCCCGCGCCUUUUAGCAAGGCAGUCGAUCUCCUGACAAAAUACUUUACGCACGGAUUGAAAUUGAACAUCACUACAGUGAAUCCAAAGAAGACGUGGAUUGGGUUCGCUCUGACUGAUAUGACUGUAUUCAAUGCCACUCUUGCCUUUGCUGCUACUGCGUGGAACGCCAACAUGGCCAUGCCUUCUCCAUGGCUAAUUCGUGCGGGCUACCACCACAAGGGCGUUGCAAUGCACUUGGUCAAUGAGCAGUUGACUCAAUCGCCACACUCCGCCUCGGAUGCAGUAGUCUGUGCCGUUGCGACCCUGGUAAACGUUGAGACCCUAUCUGGAAAUUUCGAUACUGCGGAUGUUCAUUUUAAAGGGUUACUAUCUCUUGUUGAAGCUCAAGGGGGUAUCAGAUCUUUGAAACACAACUUUAUUGUGGAAAGGGCUGUUACGUGGGUAGAUCUAAAUCUAGCAGUAUCCUACGGACGCGAACCGCUGUUACCCCCAAUACAUGACAGGAAUGAUGUAUAUCUACCAGAGGCUCUCGUGGCAUUAUCGAACCACUCGCAGCUAGCUGGCAUGAUUCAACAGGGUCCUGGGUCCCGAGAACUGCUCUAUAUUAUACGUCUCCUCCGGCUGAUAGUGAUCGCCCGAUCUGAAAUAGGGACAAUACCGGAAAUGCAGAACACAGUCCGAGUGCUCAUGCUCCGCGCUGAUCGUUGCAUUCUGAAAUUACUCAUGAUGGGUACAAGAGACCUGGUUGUCUCGAGUCUUGUUCGUAUUGCCAACUCCGCCUCCCACGUCUUCUUACACCGCGUCCUGAGGAAUACGCCCAAAAAUUGUUUGACAUUCCAUAUUCUUCUCCAAAGACUACAGGAAAAUUUGGAACAGGGACAUGAACACGAAUUUGGCUCUGCGGGUUCAUCCAUAGUGUUGCUAUGGGCACUUGUCGUUGGGGUUGCUGCCACAUACGAUCUUCCAGAACAGAACGCCUGGUUUGUUCUUCGGUUGAGAGCAGAGUUUGUGAUGUUCAGAGAACGAUAUGCUAUGAGCAAAUCUCAAUUAGAGACGCACCUAAAUGCAUUUGUCUGGCUAGAAGUGAUGUGUCAGCCUGUGCUCAAUUCCUUUUGGGAUCCUGGCCAUGACAGAUAG